UCAUUCUUGGGUGUUUCUCGCAGAGGGGGAUUUGGCAGGGUUACAGGACAAUAGUGGAGGGAAGGUCAGCAGAUUAAACAACCAACUCACUCUUAAGAAACAUCAGCGACAGAGGAGCCCCUGGAAGACAGCAACAAAGGCUCAGCUGAGGAUGCUCCCCAGCAUUCGAAGGCCACCUGGGCAGACCAGGAGAAUGGAAGCUCUGAGGACAACAACUUUUCUGAAACCCAGAAUGACAAAGAUUCUGCAAGUGGCGGAGACGCUCCAGCUUCUGGAGCAGAUAUGGAAGAGCCCAAGUGUGCAGACGACCGUCAGCGUAUGCCAACAAGUCCUCUCCCGGCACCUGCGGAAAAAGCAGUAGAGACAAACCCUGAAGAGGCAGAAGAAAUAAAACCUAGCGAGCUCAAGGAGGAUUAGGAUGCUGAAGAGCCUGACCUGAUCUGUUGUGGCCUUUGUAUUUCAUGGUGGAAAUCUCUAAAGGCAAGUGAAGGAGCCCUGAGAACAUCCUCCAGGGAACAGACACCCACCCUCUCCAUAGCAGCCCCUGAGCCCACUGGGCUGAGCCCUCCAUAGGCUGCUUUAAUGAGGGAGGGGCUGAGGUGCCGGUCAGGCUACCACAUGCAGGAUUCCGAGGGCCAUGCAGCGCGUUCCUGUCUGCAGUACCACUUACGCUCAUUUGAGGGGAUCCAGCCCUGCCCUCCAUGUCCCCAGAAGACAACAGGGAGGGAGCUUCACCAGUUCAACAUGAGCAGCCACCGGGGUUGAUCAUGAAUCCCCCUGUUUCAUGCCUCCUGGGAAAGGUGUGAGAAGGAGGGAGGCACCCCGAGGCUUCUUGCCACACAAGCAGCACCCGCAGCCCAGCAUUGCACACCUGCGAGCACUCAGUAGGUCCUGGCAUCAAGAAGGGGAAAGGCCAGGCUCCAAGACCCGCUGGGAUGUGCCCAGUCCCACGGGCCCCCCAGCCUCCAUGGAGCCCUCGGUGUCUGGGGUGGCCUCAUGGCCCCAUUUCUCAAGAUGAGGUUGGAGGCUUCUGUGUGUAGAGAGCACUGGCUUGGGCAUCAGUGGUUCUGUGUCUGUGUCAGACACCAACAAAGAAACCCUUGAUAUACAUAUUGUAGCAGGACGAGCCGAAGACAAAACUCCUGACACUGGAUUAAAGAAGGAAGAAGUUUAUUCGGCAGAGAGCGUUGGCAGACUCUCAUCUUAAAAGCCGAGCUCCCCAAAAAAGAAAUUCCUAGCCCUUUUAAGGGCUUACAACUUGAAGGGGUCCAUGUGAAAGGGUUGUGAUAGAUGGAGCAAGCGUGGGGAACGUGACUGGGGGCUACAUGCAUCAGCUAACAGAACAAAAAGUUUUACAGUGCUUUCUCAUACAAUGUCUGGAACUUACAGAUAACACAAGUAGUUUUGGUCAGGGGUUAACAUUAUUAUUAUUAUUUUAACCACCAGGGCCGGGUGGUGGCGCCAAGGUCGUCUAGCUAUUUAUCUUACUUUUGUUUCUUUCUAACUUUUUGCUUUCUCACUUUUCUCCUGUCUUAUAAACUAGGGAAAAGGGGAGGUGGUGGAGAAGAAGCUGGGAGGGACAACAGGAGAAGAAGUGGUGGUCUCAUUCCAUAGUAUAAGCACAUGUUUUCCAAUAAGUCAACCUUAGCUUACUGUAACUUUUUCACUUUAUAAACUUAGUAUUUUAACUUUUCAAAAAACAAACAAACAAAAAACAAAAGAAACAUCAGCGUAUUACAUAUUUCCUCUUUAGACAUCUGGACUCCUCUACAAAGAGGUGUCUAUUUUUGAUUUUAUGGUGUCUAAGAACUUGGUCUCCCAGAGUGCCCUGUCCCCCAAAAGAUGUUGAAAGCUGGCAUUCUAUAAUCUACCCAAACUCUUCUGCUUUUAUGUUAAUUACAGCUGGCUGUAGAGAGAGUCCAGUCCCGUGAGCCCCAUCUUCCGCUUGAAGCUGUUUGACAGGUCCCCUGUGUGGCUCAGGGCCCAGCCUUUCAGAUCAGUUCAAUAAACCCCAGGGGUCUACUCCAAGGACACUAACCCAUCACUUUCCAGUGCCUCGUAUAAUUACGUAGCCGACCCUAGAACGCCCUCCCCGCCUCCACGUCCCCUCUACAUGAAGUCGCUAAGCCAAAAACUCCUCAGGUUUUUCCACAGGCCGUCGUCACUCCCUCUUUGCCACGGCGUUUGAGAUUCUGGGCUAAGACUAUUGGUUUCAGCAUCUGGGAUGUUUUCUCACAGCCGAGGACGCUGAAUAGAAAACUGCCAGAAAGCGGGAGGGGUCCCCGGCAGCAGGUCCCGUUUUUUCUCCCCACCUGCCUCCCGGGUGCUGCGGCUUACGCCACGACAGUCUCGACCCUGCACACGGAUUUUUUUCCUCCGUUCCAUGAACCAGACAUAAUGAUUCUGGUUUACAUAUUUAAGCGAAGGGGAGAAGAAACGCGACUCUCAGGACCCAAGGGCUGAGGCAGGGUUUUUCUGUCUCAAAGACCUCCAGUUAAGACAUUUUUCUCCUGCAAAGCCUUCCCUACAAUGAUGGCUUAAUCGUGUAAUUAUGUAAACCAGUCACAACCCGGAUAGCUAAAACAAAAAAACCAAUUCCCUACGCCCGAGCCAAGCCUGCUCCCCCUCGCCGCGCCGCAUCCCAAACACCCCGCGCUCCCUCAGCCAACCGCCAGGUUUCGGUUCAACCGAAAACCACGGGAAGUGGGAGGAGCUACUGGCUCAAGGGAGGGAGGCGGGACUUGAUCUCCGAGCAACGGCCCCGGUGAUUGGCCAACCUUCUGCCGCCGCCACCAAUGGGCAGGCGCCCUGAAACGUUCGGCGAGCCGACUGCGGCUGCGCGGGGUAUUCGAAUCGGCGGCGGCUUCUAGUUUGCGGUUCAAGUUUGGCCGCUGCCGGCCAGCGUCCUCUGGCCAUGGACACCCCGGAAAAUGUCCUUCAGAUGCUUGAAGCCCACAUGCAGAGCUACAAGGGCAAUGACCCUCUUGGUGAAUGGGAAAGAUACAUACAGUGGGUAGAAGAGAAUUUUCCUGAGAAUAAAGAAUACUUGAUAACUUUACUAGAACAUUUAAUGAAGGAAUUUUUAGAUAAGAAGAAAUACCACAAUGACCCAAGAUUCAUCAGUUAUUGUUUAAAAUUUGCUGAGUACAACAGUGACCUCCAUCAAUUUUUUGAGUUUCUGUACAACCAUGGGAUUGGAACCCUGUCAUCCCCUCUGUACAUUGCGUGGGCAGGGCAUCUGGAAGCCCAAGGAGAGCUGCAGCGUGCCAGUGCUGUCCUUCAGAGAGGAAUUCAAAACCAGGCUGAACCCAGAGAGUGCCUGCAACAACAAUACAGGUUAUUUCAGACACGCCUCACUGAAACCCAUUUGCCAGCUCAAGCUAGAACCUCAGAACCUCUGCAUAAUGUUCAGGUUUUAAAUCAAAUGAUAACAUCAAAAUCAAAUCCAGGAAAUAACAUGGCCUGCAUUUCUAAGAAUCAGGGUUCAGAGCUUUCUGGAGUGAUAUCUUCAGCUUGUGAUAAAGAGUCAAAUAUGGAACAAAGAGUGAUCAUGAUUUCUAAAUCAGAAUAUUCUGUGCACUCAUCUUUGGCAUCCAAAGUUGAUGUUGAGCAGGUUGUUAUGUAUUGCAAGGAGAAGCUUAUUCGUGGGGAAUCAGAAUUUUCCUUUGAAGAAUUGAGAGCCCAGAAAUACAAUCAACGGAGAAAGCAUGAGCAAUGGGUAAAUGAAGACAGACAUUAUAUGAAAAGGAAAGAAGCAAAUGCUUUUGAAGAACAGCUAUUAAAACAGAAAAUGGAUGAACUUCAUAAGAAGUUGCAUCAGGUGGUGGAGACAUCCCAUGAGGAUCUGCCCGCUUCCCAGGAAAGGUCCGAGGUUAAUCCAGCACGUAUGGGGCCAAGUGUAGGCUCCCAGCAGGAACUGAGAGCGCCAUGUCUUCCAGUCACCUAUCAGCAGACACCAGCGAACAUGGAAAAGAACCCAAGAGAGGCACCUCCUGUUGUUCCUCCUUUGGCAAAUGCUAUUUCUGCAGCUUUGGUGUCCCCAGCCACCAGCCAGAGCAUUGCUCCUCCUGUUCCUUUGAAAGCCCAGACAGUAACAGACUCCAUGUUUGCAGUGGCCAGCAAAGAUGCUGGAUGUGUGAAUAAGAGUACUCAUGAAUUCAAGCCACAGAGUGGAGCAGAGAUCAAAGAAGGGUGUGAAACACAUAAGGUUGCCAACGUAAGUUCUUUUCACACAACUCCAAACACAUCACUGGGAAUGGUUCAGGCAACACCAUCCAAAGUGCAGCCAUCACCCACCGUGCACACAAAAGAAGCAUUAGGUUUCAUCAUGAAUAUGUUUCAGGCUCCUACACUUCCUGAUAUUUCUGAUGACAAAGAUGAAUGGCAAUCUCUAGAUCAAAAUGAAGAUGCAUUUGAAGCCCAGUUUCAAAAAAAUGUAAGGUCAUCUGGGGCUUGGGGAGUCAAUAAGAUCAUCUCUUCUUUGUCAUCUGCUUUUCAUGUGUUUGAAGAUGGAAACAAAGAAAAUUAUGGAUUACCACAGCCUAAAAAUAAACCCACAGGAGCCAGGACCUUUGGAGAACGCUCUGUCAGCAGACUUCCUUCAAAACCAAAGGAGGAAGUGCCUCAUGCUGAAGAGUUUUUGGAUGACUCAACUGUAUGGGGUAUUCGCUGCAACAAAACCCUGGCACCCAGUCCUAAGAGCCCAGGAGACUUCACAUCUGCUGCACAACUUGCGUCUACACCAUUCCACAAGCUUCCAGCGGAGUCAGUGCACAUUUUAGAAGAUAAAGAAAAUGUGGUAGCAAAACAGUGUACCCAGGGGACUUCGGAUUCCUGUGAAGAAAACAUGGUGGUGCCUUCAAGGGAUGGAAAAUUCAGUCCAAUUCAAGAGAAAAGCCCAGAACAGGCCUUCUCGUCUCACAUGUAUUCAGCAUCCUUACUUCAUCUGAGCCAGCCUGCUGCAGGUGGGGUACUUACCUGUGAGGCAGAGUUGGGCGUUGAGGCUUGCAGACUCACAGACACUGACGCUGCCAUUGCAGAAGAUCCACCAGAUGCUAUUGCUGGGUUCCAAGCAGAAUGGAUGCAGAUGAGUUCACUUGGGACUGUUGAUGCUCCAAACUUCAUUGUUGGGAACCCAUGGGAUGAUAAGCUGAUUUUCAAACUUUUAUCUGGGCUUUCUAAACCAGUGAGUUCCUAUCCAAAUACUUUUGAAUGGCAAUGUAAACUUCCAGCCAUCAAGCCCAAGACUGAAUUUCAAUUGGGUUCUAAGCUGGUCUAUGUCCAUCACCUUCUUGGAGAAGGAGCCUUUGCCCAGGUGUACGAAGCUACCCAGGGAGAUCUGAAUGAUGCUAAAAAUAAACAGAAAUUUGUUUUAAAGGUCCAAAAGCCUGCCAACCCCUGGGAAUUCUACAUUGGGACCCAGUUGAUGGAAAGACUAAAGCCAUCUAUGCAGCACAUGUUUAUGAAGUUCUAUUCUGCCCACUUAUUCCAGAAUGGCAGUGUAUUAGUAGGAGAGCUCUACAGCUAUGGAACAUUAUUAAAUGCCAUUAACCUCUAUAAAAAUACCCCUGAAAAAGUGAUGCCUCAAGGUCUCGUCAUCUCUUUUGCUAUGAGAAUGCUUUACAUGAUUGAGCAAGUGCAUGACUGUGAAAUCAUUCAUGGAGACAUUAAACCAGACAAUUUCAUACUUGGAAACGGAUUUUUGGAACAGGAUGAUGAAGAAGAUUUAUCUGCUGGCUUGGCACUGAUUGACCUGGGUCAGAGUAUAGAUAUGAAACUUUUUCCAAAAGGAACUAUAUUCACAGCAAAGUGUGAAACAUCUGGUUUUCAGUGUGUUGAGAUGCUCAGCAACAAACCAUGGAACUACCAGAUCGAUUACUUUGGGGUUGCUGCAACAGUAUAUUGCAUGCUCUUUGGCACUUACAUGAAAGUGAAAAAUGAAGGAGGAGAGUGUAAGCCUGAAGGUCUUUUUAGAAGGCUUCCUCAUUUGGAUAUGUGGAAUGAAUUUUUUCAUGUUAUGUUGAAUAUUCCAGAUUGUCAUCAUCUUCCAUCUUUGGAUUUGUUAAGGCAAAAGCUGAAGAAAGUAUUUCAACAACACUAUACUAACAAGAUUAGGGCCCUACGUAAAAGGCUAAUUGUACUGCUCUUAGAAUGUAAGCGUUCACGAAAAUAAAAUUUGGAUAUAGACAGUCCUUAAAAAUCACACUGUAAAUAUGAAUCUGCUCACUUUAAAUCUGAUUUUUUCAUUUAUUGUUUAUGUAAAUGUUUGUUAAAAAUAAAUCCCACAGAGUAUUUCCAUGUAACUUAGUUGUUAUAAAUAUUUCAACAAAAUAUACAACCCCAUAAGGUCCCUAUGUAGCAGGCUGAUUGGGCUGCUUCUGGGAUGCAAGCAUUUGUGAGAAUAAUUCAGACAUGAGCAUUCUCUAGAAGUCACUUUUUAAACACUGACCUGUUUAAGCCAAAAAAGGGCCAAGACAGCUAUUUUCCAAAUUUGAAGUUUGGUGUCUGUGUAAACACACACACACACAUACACACAUUUCCCUAACAUUUCCAAGGGACUUCAAGUUUUUAUGAAUAAAGCUUGCCUGUCCUUUAUUGUA